AUGGAACCUCGAAGCAUUAGCAUUGCAGAGUUUCAAUCAUGCCAUUUCCUUGUUGGUAUUGUGCUCGCGUUGUGCAUUACCCAAGUCUCCUCUACCACAAACGAAACCGACAAGCUAUCUCUGCUUGCAUUUAAGGCCGGAAUAGCUAAGGAUCCUCUCAAUGUGCUCAGCUUGUGGAAUGAUAGCAUGGGGUUCUGUCAGUGGUAUGGUGUCACCUGCGGUCGCAGGCACCAAAGGGUCACCGUACUGGACUUACAUUCGCACAAACUCUCUGGGUCGAUCUCUCCUUAUAUUGGGAACCUCAGCUUCUUGAGAGAAUUGUCGCUCGGAAACAACAACUUCGAUCAUGAAAUCCCUCCGCAAAUCAGCCGGUUGAGCCGCCUACGGAUCUUGCAACUAGAGUACAAUUCAUUGGUUGGUGAGCCUGAAAACAUUUCAGCUUGCUCUAAGCUUGUCACCCUCAUUCUUAAUUAUAAUCAACUAACCGGAACAAUUCCUACACAAGUCGCUUCGUUAUCGAAUCUACGGAUUUUUUCUUUGUAUAGAAAUAAUCUAACAGGGAGCAUGCCUUCCUCCAUUGGGAACUUAUCUUCACUAGAGUGGCUUUCUCUUACGGAAAAUUACUUGGUUGGGAGCAUUCCUCCGGUCUUAGGCCACCUGCCAAAAUUUCAAAACUUUGAUGUGGGAGUAAACAAACUUUCAGGUCCAAUUCCAACUGGAAUUUUGAAUCUCUCUUCUUUAAUCAGCAUCGAUGUAGGAAACAACCAAUUACGAGGGAGUCUUCCUGCAGACAUAGGCUUUACGCUUCCAAAUCUUGAGUUUUUCAGCAUUUCUAUGAACCUAUUUGAGGGACAGGUUCCUCCGUCAAUAUCAAAUUGGACAAAGCUAGAGGUACUUCAACUUGCAACGAACAAACUUUCAGGUAAAAUGCCUUCUUUGGAAAAUAUGCACGAGCUUCAAAAGUUCACCAAUUUCCAAAAUCAGCUCGGGUAUGGAAAACACCAAGACUUGAACUUCAUUUGCUCACUGACAAAUGCCACGAAGUUAGAAGCAUUGUCUAUUUUUAGCAACAGUUUCGACGGAGUGCUACCGAAAUGCAUAGGUAAUUUAUCCACCACCCUCACAAUAUUUGAUGUGAGUCAGAAUCGAAUAUUUGGAGAAAUUUUUAGACAGAUUGAAAAUCUUGUGAACCUCGAAGUAUUGAUUAUGAAUGGAAACAAGUUUUCAGGUGUUCUCCCGUCGAAUUUGGGGAAUCUACGAAAUUUGUCGGUAGUGCAGUUAAAUGAUGACUACCUAGGAGGGACAAUCCCAUCUUCUCUAGGAAAUCAAACCAAGUUGACUCUACUAUUAAGAUCAAAUCCCUUUAGAACUGUCUAA